GUAGUUCGGAAGCUCACAGUCUGGCUGUACCAUGGGAGACACGGUAGUGGAGCCUGCCCUGCUGCAGCCAACUUCCGAGCCUGCUCCUAGCCCACCAGGGAAUAACGGGGGCUCCUUGCUAAGUGUCAUCACGGAGGGGGCCGGGGAACUAUCAGUGAUCGACCCAGAGGUGGCCCAGAAGGCCUGCCAGGAGGUGCUGGAGAAAGUCAAGCUUUUGCACGGCGGUGUGGCCAUCUCUAGCAGAGACACCCAGCUGGAGCUGGUCAAUGGGGACAGUGUGGACGGUGAGAUCCGUUGCCUGGAUGAUCCACCUGCCCAGAUCAGGGAGGAGGAGGAUGAGGUGGGGGCCGCUGUGGCCUCGGGCACAGCCAAAGGAGCAAGAAGGAGGCGGCAGAACAACUCGGCCAAACAGUCUUGGCUCCUGAGGCUAUUUGAAUCAAAACUAUUUGACAUCUCCAUGGCCAUUUCAUACUUGUACAACUCCAAGGAGCCCGGAGUCCAAGCCUACAUCGGCAACAGGCUGUUCUGCUUUCGCAAUGAGGAUGUGGACUUCUAUCUGCCCCAAUUGCUUAACAUGUACAUCCACAUGGAUGAGGAUGUGGGUGAUGCCAUUAAGCCCUACAUAGUCCACCGCUGCCGCCAGAGCAUUAACUUUUCCCUCCAGUGCGCCCUGUUGCUCGGGGCCUACUCUUCAGACAUGCACAUUUCCACUCAGCGACACUCCCGUGGGACCAAGUUGCGGAAGCUGAUCCUCUCAGACGAGCUGAAGCCGGCUCACCGAAAGAGGGAGUUGCCUUCCCUGAGCCCAGCUCCUGACACAGGGCUGUCUCCUUCCAAAAGGACUCACCAGCGCUCUAAAUCAGAUGCCACCGCCAGCAUAAGUCUCAGCAGCAACCUGAAACGGACAGCCAGCAACCCCAAAGUGGAGAAUGAGGACGAGGAGCUCUCCUCCAGCACCGAGAGUAUUGAUAAUUCAUUCAGUUCCCCUGUCCGACUGGCCCCUGAGCGAGAAUUCAUCAAGUCCCUCAUGGCAAUCGGCAAACGGCUGGCCACGCUCCCCACCAAAGAGCAGAAAACACAGCGGCUGAUCUCAGAGCUCUCCCUGCUCAACCAUAAGCUCCCCGCCCGAGUCUGGCUGCCCACCGCCGGCUUUGACCACCACGUGGUCCGUGUGCCACACACACAGGCUGUGGUUCUCAACUCCAAGGACAAGGCUCCCUACCUGAUCUACGUGGAAGUCCUUGAAUGUGAAAACUUCGACACUACCAGCGUCCCUGCCCGGAUCCCCGAGAACCGAAUCCGGAGCACUCGGUCUGUGGAGAAUCUGCCCGAAUGUGGCAUCACCCACGAGCAGCGGGCCGGCAGCUUCAGCACCGUGCCCAACUACGACAACGACGACGAGGCCUGGUCGGUGGACGACAUCGGCGAGCUGCAGGUGGAGCUUCCGGAAGUGCACACCAACAGCUGUGACAACAUCUCCCAGUUCUCCGUGGACAGCAUCACCAGCCAGGAGAGCAAAGAGCCUGUGUUCAUCGCAGCAGGGGACAUCCGACGGCGCCUCUCCGAGCAGCUGGCCCACACCCCUACUGCCUUCAAGCGAGACCCAGAAGACCCUUCUGCAGUUGCUCUCAAAGAGCCCUGGCAGGAGAAAGUUCGGCGGAUCAGAGAAGCCUCCCCCUACGGCCAUCUGCCCAACUGGCGGCUCCUGUCAGUCAUUGUCAAGUGUGGUGAUGACCUUCGUCAGGAGCUGCUGGCCUUCCAGGUGCUGAAGCAACUGCAGUCCAUCUGGGAACAAGAGCGAGUACCCCUUUGGAUCAAGCCGUACAAGAUUCUUGUGAUCUCGGCUGACAGUGGCGUAAUUGAACCGGUGGUCAAUGCCGUGUCCAUCCAUCAGGUGAAGAAGCAGUCCCAGCUGUCCUUGCUCGAUUACUUCCUCCAGGAGCACGGCAGUUACACCACCGAGGCGUUCCUCAGUGCCCAGCGCAAUUUUGUGCAGAGCUGUGCUGGCUACUGCUUGGUCUGCUACCUGCUGCAAGUCAAGGACAGACACAACGGGAACAUCCUUUUGGACGCAGAAGGCCACAUUAUCCACAUCGACUUCGGUUUCAUCCUGUCCAGCUCACCCCGAAACCUGGGCUUUGAGACAUCAGCCUUCAAGCUGACCACAGAGUUUGUAGACGUGAUGGGCGGCCUGGACGGUGACAUGUUCAACUAUUACAAGAUGCUGAUGCUGCAGGGGCUGAUCGCGGCCCGGAAGCACAUGGAUAAGGUGGUGCAGAUCGUGGAGAUCAUGCAGCAAGGUUGUCGCUGUGGCACAGGAGCCUCCCCGUCUGGCCCCGUGAUGACGGUGGCCCAAGUCAUCUGUUCACAGCUUCCUUGCUUCCACGGCUCCAGCACCAUUCGCAACCUCAAAGAGAGGUUCCACAUGAGCAUGACGGAGGAGCAGCUCCAGCUGCUGGUAGAGCAGAUGGUGGACGGCAGCAUGCGCUCCAUCACCACCAAGCUCUACGACGGCUUCCAGUACCUCACCAACGGCAUCAUGUGAACCAACUCCUCAGGCCCAGGCACAGCGCGGGAUCCAGCGCCCUCCUGGAGGGCCCUCUGUCUGAGAAAUCCCACACCAGGAAACCCCACCGACCCAACCAUCCACCCGAGGGAAAUGGAAGGCGAGAAAUACGAAGGAUCAUGUGGUAACCGCAAGAGCUGGUCCGGGGCAGAGCCUGCCUCAGGGUCCCGAAUUGGGCUGCCCUGGCCCCGCGGUCAGUAUUACACCUGACAGACCCCAAGACUCACCGCCCUGGAGAACUGGAGAAUGAGGGGACGGCCUCACGUCCUGGGGCCCGGGAAGGGGGACCGAGUAGGUCCUUGGUACUUAGGACUCAGUCCUGUGGUUAGCUUUGGCCAUGCCGCUGCCCAAACCAUCCCUCCCUGGGAUUGAGCCCUAGCCCAGGUCCCUGAUAACGGGCUAUGCCAUCUGAUCUUGCACUUGCUGAGUCCCCCAUCAUGGGGCAGGGAAGGGAAUUAGCACAGUCCCUCCAGCGUAUGAGGGAACUGGCCUAGCCAUAGGGAACUUACCCUGAUCCCUCCCUCACACCCAGGGAAUAGCUCUCAAUUUUUUAUUUUUAAUUUCUGUUUGAAAUAAAGUCCUUAGCCAUCUGUGUCACUGGGGGCAGUGGCUGGUGCAGCGGAGUCCAGGGUACAAACGGCACCGCACACCACGCAG